AUGAUGAUCGUUCCAUGUCAUGAAGAAAUGGCCAAGACCAAGCUGAUAACGGAGUUGGGCGUUGCCGUCCAAGUGACGGUGCCAUCUGUCAUGUCUUUCACCGACAUCGAAUCGCCCAUAGGAACCUUUGAGGCCUCGGUGUGCGAUGCCCUUGAAGAGCUCCUUGGCACGAGCAGAAGGGCCUUUCGUUGGAACGCACAGGCGUUGGCAGAUGAGAUCCGCGAUUCGGGUGGCGCAGAGCGCGCCGUGGACUUGAUUCAGGAGGUCAUUCCUCGCUCAAAGCGGGGGACCCUCCGUUCGAAAAUCUUGGAAUAA